AUGUCUUCAGUCGCCAUGUCCGGCCCGCCCUCUGUCGUGUCUAUGGGCGAUUUUUCAGAGUCUGAUAUUGACUCUGCGUCGAGUGCUGCCCCGGCUGCGGAACCUCACCCGUCGGGAGCGAUGAUGCUUGGGGUCACCGUUGUGGUCAAGCACCCACGCUUUUACGAUGAAGAAGGCUCGUUGACGCUUGCGGUCGGUUCAACCCUGUUCCGCGUCCAUGCUUUCGUAUUCGCCACGCUUUCUCCCUACUGGAAAGAUAGAAUCCAAUCAGCAUCGUUUGGUACUGAGUCUCCGUACGGUACUGUAUAUUAUGCCGACAACUUCAACCGAUCCGAGAUGGAGAGCUUCUUGUCCGUCGUGUAUCCAAGUGUCUUUGAUGGACCGGAGGUCAAUGGCGUCGCUGCAUGGACGGGUGUCCUGCGUGUGGCUACGUUGUGGCGCUUCGACGCUGUCAAGCGGGCGGCUAUUCAGCAACUCGACGCUUAUGUCUCGCCUCUGCAGCGACUCGAAUUGGGGCAAAUCCAUAACAUCGUGCCCUGGAUCGAGAGGGCCUUUGUCGAGCUGAUACGGCAGCAGGAGCUACCUAGCGGGGAAGAGUUGGAAGACAUCAACUUGACGCUCCACGACCUUCUUCACAUUGCGCGCGCUCGAGAGGCGGUUACAAAGGGAUUCCUGAGCGAUGACGAGGAGUCGCUCCUUCGCCACGUUCACGAAGAGAUCCUUGUAGUUUCAUCCACAUCAGCCGCUGGCCCACCAUCAUCGACUGCCGUCCCACCUUCAAUCACAGGCCCUGCUCCCGGCCCUCCUAUAGCGUCUUCUACCCUCGUUGAAGGAUCGGUUUCGCCUGCUACACCAGACACUAAUGCGAAGUCUGCCGCCGGCAACCUGAAUCAGGUACGCGCGGCAGAGACUCCAACAGCCCGCACUUCCCGGCCCGAUCCCGUGCCUUCUAUGGACGUUUACCGCUCAUACCCCACAUCCGAGUUACCAAACGUCCUUAAUGCUCUACGGAGUGAUAAUCUUUAUCUGGCCUUUGAAUCCCUGCCACUUGGCAGCAUUGCAGCAUUCUGCGCCAUACUCGUGCGUUGUCAAGACUAUCCGUCUGUGCGCCCUCAAAGCAUCAUCCCCGCGCUCUUUAUUCGCACCGCUCGUGAACCCCGUUUCAACGAAGCUGGAGUACAGAUUAUCCGCUUUUUGGGGACGAUCUGGAGGUCAGAUGAACAUCAAUAUCAGCAGGAGAUCGAUGGCCAUGUCAAGCUGGUGCAAGGCCUAUUUGCCCACCUGGACCAGCUCGACCCUGCCGAUGUCACGAUCGACAAGAUCAUGAAGGCUUAUACAUCCAACAGCGGUGAUGUCAAUGUUGUAUGGACUAUGCUUGGAGCGAAGGAAGUCUUGGACUUUUAUCCGGACAUGCUUCGGGAGAGGGUUGCUAAUUUGAGAGCGCUCGUGGCAUCUCUCACAGAAGCCCAUGUCAUUGACUGA